AUGGCAUCUUUUAAUUGCAAAUUGAGUUUGAUUUUCUUGAUCAUUGUGUCAAUGGCAUUUUUUCAUCAAGCUAUGGCUGAUGCCUAUUAUUCCACCCCCACCAUUAGCCCCACUACGUUUAAAGCCAUGCCUUGGAAACAAGCUUUUGCCACAUUUUACGGAGACGAAACUGCUUCUGAAACAAUGGGCGGAGCUUGUGGAUAUGGAAACUUGUUUAAUUCAGGUUAUGGAACAGCAACAGCAGCAUUGAGCACAGUAUUAUUUGGCAAUGGAUAUUCAUGUGGUCAAUGUUUUCAAAUAAUGUGUGUGAAAUCAAAAUUUUGCUAUACAGGGUUCACCACAAUUACAGCCACAAACCUUUGUCCACCUAAUUGGUCCCAAGAUUCAAACCAUGGUGGAUGGUGCAACCCACCACGUCAACAUUUUGACAUGUCAAAACCUGCUUUCAUGAAAAUUGCCCAAUGGAAGGCUGGCAUUGUCCCCGUAUCGUACCGCAGGGUACCUUGCGUUAAGAAAGGUGGGAUUAAAUUUGCGCUCCAAGGAAACGGUUAUUGGUUAUUGGUAUACGUGAUGAACGUGGCGGGAGGCGGUGACGUGGCAAGCAUUUGGGUGAAAGGAAGCAAAACGGGAUGGAUGAGCAUGAGCCACAAUUGGGGAGCAUCAUAUCAAGCAUUUGCAACACUUUCAGGCCAAACACUUUCAUUCAAGCUCACUUCAUACACAUCUCACGAGACAAUUAUAGUUAAUAAUGUUGCACCUUCUAAUUGGCGUGUAGGCAUGACUUACCAAGCCAAUGUCAACUUCCAUUAG